AUGGACACUGGCCACGUGCAGCCCAUCAAGCUGACUCAGGUCACCAAGGUACUGGGCUGGACCAGUUCUCAGGGCCAGUGCACCCAGGUGUGUGUGGAAUUCAUGGACAACACGAGCCGUUCCAUCAUCUGCAACAUGAAAGGCCCCAUGUGGGAGGAAGACAUGCUCAUCCUGCUCGAGUCAGAACAUGAAGACCGGAGGCUGCAGUGA